AGCAGUAGAAUCUAACCGGGCCGGCGCGGCGCUUAGGGAGCUCGCUGUUCCCAGGGUUGUGUGCGGGAAGGGGACGGUGUUUCCGACCGAGAGGCGUGGGAGGCGGGGGUGGAUUGGACUCAGUCUUAGUUGAAACUCGGACCGCGAAACAUCAGGCCACAGCUCUGUUACAGCAGCAUGAGUCAUUGGGUGCGGCGGUGUUCUGCAGAUAAAUGAGCAACAUUUUAAUCACGUGGGCAGUGUUAUUGUGGGGUGUUCUCUCACCUUCUGGAGUGUGUACAGGUCAACGUAGAACUCUGGCACGUUACAAUUUAAUUCAAACAAUGUUCAGAACACAAUUGGAAUUAUAAUGAAAGUUUUUAACGAAACAUUUAAGAUCUGUUUACAUUUUAACAGCAGCGAAGUGUUCGUAGAUUGUGAAGAGGUUCUGUGUACUUGGAAGUAACUCAAAGUUGCAUUAAGGAAGAUAACUCAUGGUGAAUUAUUCUUGUUUUCAGUACACAGGAAUUAUUGGAAAGAAACAUUUUAUUCAAACCGUUACAGUUAAUAAACUGAGUUAAUCUGUCCAAGAAAGGACAUUUUUAAAUCGGCGUGACAUUAAUAUCAACUGCAUAACGACAUUGCAUCAGUAUGUGAAGUUAUUCGUAUGGGUGUGUUUAAUAUUUAGUUUACUGCAGAAUAUGCCUAUUAUUACGUGAAACGUAAUUAUUUAUAGACACGUAACAACGUUUCUCGAGUUAUUUGUGCAAAGUGUUUGUGAGUUAGGGUGUGUAAGUGAGCGUGAACAAUCAAAAUUCUAAAAGCAGAACAAAGUGGGAGGCGAAGUUCUCAGAUCUUUCCGAACUUAGUGAGUACGGAAUUCGAUGUCGAGUUGUAUCUCGACUAAAGUUAAAAAAUACACCCCACUUUCGUUUUGCGGAUUUACACCGCAUAAAAUCAAACUUAACACUUUAUAAAUUACACAUAUCAAUACACUUUUUGGAAAUGGUGUUAUUAACCUUCGAUAACACUCUUUUGUAGCAACAUGGCGUGAUUUAUUUGUGAGUGUGACUAGUUCUGUGGUAACUUUCUACAGUGACUAAUUUUCAUGGACACUCCCUGUAGCUGAAGUAACCCAAAUGGAUGUCACAUCGUACAGGACGUCAUAUUAAGAACCAGUGACGUGGAUGAAUUUGACCGUACGUCUACUGGUGCAGUCUCUGAUUGUUCUUGUGGUUCAACUCACCAACUCUGCCUUUCCGUUCGCCAGAGAGUAAACCUUUUAUUUGAAGUCGAAAUACACACAAGAACUGAAUUGCAGCAUUGUGGACGUUCCUGAAGUUGCACGUUAAAUUAGAGGUCAAAGGAUGACAAAACUGGAGAUGAUAAUGUUCUUGUCUCUGCGCCGACGCAGAGGGGGGAGACCAUCCAGAUGAGACAGCAUUUGAACGAAGAUAUGGACAUACGAAGUAACAUGAACCAGAGACGUUGUCCCCUGUUAACCAACUUCAGUGCACAGCAUCCGUAAAUAAGGCCAGUUCGUUGAAGUACCAACAGAUAUAAACUUAGAAGUCACAGUUUCAAUGACGUCUCAUUCAAUAGCAUCGCAUUACUGGGACAGUUUAUAGCCACAACAAAAUAUUUGGUGGGGCUUGGUCUUUGAAAGUGAAAUAAUUGACAGUGAUUCACGUGAGAUAUUGUUAAAUUUCUGAGGUAUGUGAGGGGAAAUAAUACGAGAAGUUAUAUUAUUUUUUUUCUAAAGACUACACAAUGUGCGACACAAUGCACUUAACCAUUUCCAAGCAACGAACCUCUCUGUAACGUCAUUAACAUACCAAUAAGUGUACUUUAAAGGCAUAAAAGCUCGUGUUCACUUCCCUUUAAACAUGAAAAGUGUUUGAUACCGAUGCAGCUCACUGGCUGUUCUGAUAAUAACAGGCUUUCAUCCGUUCGCUAUACUAUAGAGGGGAAAAAGUACAGUACUGUAAAAGAUGCUAUGAAACGUCGCUAACCAUGUGUUGCAUCUGGCAUUAAUAAAGACGUACAGUAUUUACUCCCCGAUAUAAGCAAAUGUUGUGCAGGAUAAUCAGGUGGCAGACUUUGGUCAGAUUACAAACGACAAGUGAUCCAAGCUAGUCUGAUUGUUAAUUCUGCCAUUUCUAAUCGACAUACUUACCACAUUUCAAGUCUAAUUUUUCAAUGACUUGGUUGCAUCAUCGCUAGAAUAUAUAAGGCAAUACUUUACUUCAUUAAUAUUAGUCAUUUGUGUAAGUUAAAAUAUUCAUUUGUUCAAAUUCUGAUAGCGAUGGACUUACUCGUCGUGAUACGAAGGGGAUUUAUGUUGUCGCACUAUUCUCGGAGCUAGUGCGCAGGGAGUUUUGAAACACAGGGGCUGAAACACCUGAAGUCGACUUUGACGAUGUCUGGCUGGUGGGUCGUGACCCUGCUCGUCGUACAGUGUUGCUGCCAGAGCUACGCCUGCCCCAUAGAGUGCAAGUGCAUGUGGAGAGGAGGGAAACUGACAGCGGAGUGCGUGAACGGGAGCCUCAUAACCAUCCCAGACGGAAUAGACCAGGGCACACAGGUGCUGAAUUUCCAAGGAAACAAUUUGCAGAUGCUUUCAAGAGAACGUUUUAAAAGAAUUGGUUUGCUCAACUUACAAAAAAUUUAUUUGAUACGGUGUCAAAUCAGACAUAUUGACGACCGUUCCUUCCGCGGGUUAAGUAAUUUGGUCGAACUCGAUCUUUCAGAGAAUCUCUUGACAGCCGUCCCAACAGAAACCCUCAGUGACUUCCAGUCUUUGAUGAGGUUGGCAAUUAAUGGCAAUCCUAUUCGCGUCCUUAAGACCGGGUCCUUUCUACACGUGCCCGACCUAGUCACUUUGGAAUUAAGCAACUGCGAGAUCGAAAUUAUCGAUGAAGACGCUUUCUCUGGGCUUGACAGCCUCGAAUGGCUCAAGCUUGAUGGCAAUCGCUUAAACAGUGUACGUGGUGACCAUACUCUGCCAGAGUCUCUCCGCGGAAUUUCACUCUACCGAAAUCCUUGGCAAUGUGACUGCCGACUACUAGACCUACGUUCCUGGCUUCUCAAUUACAAAGUCCCCCAGGCCAUAGACCCCACAUGUGUUGCACCUCACAGACUUAGCAAUGUUCCUAUAAAGACUCUUGAAGUCGAAGACCUCGCCUGUCUCCCAGAUGUGACACCUACUGCCGUGUACCUUGAAAUUGCCGAGGGGAGAAAUGUGUCGCUAUUAUGUAAGGUAUCAGCUGUUCCUGAAGCCAGGGUCUCGUGGUGGUUUCAAGGUCGUAUCCUUCAAAAUGACUCGGUGGUUGCUCCGGGACUUCACUUAUACUACUUCGUGGAGGAAGGCGUGGAAGAGAAGAGAAGUGAACUUUUUAUUUUUAACGCAAAUCCUGAAGACAAUGGAACUUUUAUUUGCGUAGCUGAGAAUCCUGCUGGGAAGGCACAGUCUAACUAUACCAUCCGUAUCAUCAUAAAGGAAGAACCUGUUGCUGGGGAACCAAUAUCCCCCUAUAAUUAUAUCAUCUCGAUAUUUACAGUUACAGCCCUUCUUGCACUCCUUGUUGUCUUGACGGUAAUAUUGUGCAUUAUGAGAUGUUGUCGAGACAGAAGACGCAGGAGAAUGAAGGAACGUAGCAAAGUAAUGGCUUUGCAAAACCACCGUCAGCAGCAGGGCAAGAUGGCAGUCAUAGGUGACCCUGAAGAUCGUAUUACGAGGAUGAUUAACGUGGAUACCAUUGCGGAUCCGGCGAAGAUCAAAGGAAGAGUAGUGACAGAGAGACCCCCUCACGACAUGAUUCUAUUGCCUGCAGGAACUGCAGAAACCAUCACAGGAAGCGACAGGUCACGGCCAAGACUGGUUAAUCCUUAUGGAAGCCCGCCUUCAUUAAGAAAUUACCAGCUGGAACAGAACCCCGAUCUCAUAAACGACACAGAAAGUGUUGGAAAGGAGCGGAGACCAUCUUGUUGGAGAGGUGACGGUGACAGUUUUGAAGAAGGCGAACGAGAAAACAGUGGCCCUAAUAGCUAUCAGGAAGCCAUGGAAAACAUAAUUCAUGACUUUGCAAACAACGGUUCCAAACCCAUGUCAUGCCCACGACACCUACUAAGGGACUCUAUCCACGUGUCAACGCUUCCAAGGGGUAGGUCUCGAGAAGUUUAUCACCAUCAUACAGCUGACGUCCAUCUAUCUCCAGGUCGAUUCCUGGAUGGCGAUGAGUACCCUAUGGACUGCGGUGUGCAGAAUUUACCAUCUCAUAUGUCAGUACACUCGACACCGCCAAACGCUGAGCUCUACAGAACCUUUCCACACAAUCGACCCAACAGACUGGACCCAACUUCUCUGUGUAACACGUAUUCUAGAGAAGCAAAACUUUUAGGUUGGUCGCUGCAACCUUCGACGCCCUACGAACAGUACGAACUAUCUGAUGUACGAUAUACUGUAGAAGGCUACCCUUGUACCCCUCUCCCUCCGCAAACAGCGUCAAAAGAAACACAGUUUAAUCGGACGUAUUCUGACGAGUCCAGUGGAUCGCUUCCAAACAACAGUUAUUUGCCUUCUCCACCUGCAGCCUACAAGUGUGAACCGACUGUACCAACACCGUCUUUAUCAAUGACCAGCCCUUCGAGUCUCACGACGCCUCCUACAGAAAAUGUGCCGUGGCCUGACGUGGCGCACAACUGCCACGUUCAAGCACCAAUUGCAGUCAAUAAGAAUGCACAUGGCCAAGAGCCUUCGCUUACCACCUUCACCCUCACACAGAGCCCUGAUGAGGGGUUUGAGGGUGAAGAUAUGGAGGGGACAGAAAUCAGUCAUCAGAAGGCACUCCAGGGGGUACCCAGGAUUGAAGAGGAGAUUCGAGAAAAUUCUGUGGUGGGAGACAUUACUAAAGAAAUUCAAUGGAAAUUUCCUGAUCCCGUUGUCAGUACGAAAGAUUUGAAGCCUGAGUCACAUCAAGACACUGUGUAGUGACCUUCUGCACAUCUCAGGAUCUGUUAAAGUACAGAAUAUGUGUAUUUUAUAAAAUGAGACAGUACUUCAGAAAGGAAUGUAAAUUAGAGAAUGAAGUAUGAGUAUUGUUAAGAGAAGAAAUUUUAUUCGUAUGAUUUUUAUUAAAUUCAAUUCAUUUGUUGAGCGUGAUAAUAUAAAAUUACACCACAAUAUUUCUGAAGUUGCUGAAUAUCAUUUCCCAUCCACUGAUAGUGUUUUGAUUUGUAAAUUUCGUGUUUUGUGCUCUUUAUGUACGAAAUUUCCCGAAAUUAAUUUGCGUGUGGCUUAAUGAAGAACAAGUAUAAUAUAUUUUAAAUGCGUCAAAAGUAAAUAUAUAUGUUUGUCACGCUGCUGAAAUCAUUCAACAAGACAAGAUGAGAGAAUAAGAAAUAUGGAUGUUAUUGUUAACUGUAGAAGUGAAAAUGAUAUUUUCUACGACAUGUUUCAUAACAGCAGAAUCAACAACAGAGGAGUCUGAUAUAAUUUCUGAAUAUGAUUGCUUAAGAUCUGAAGAGAAACAAAUGCCUCAGUACAUUUUAAGAUUUGUUUCGCCAUUUAGAAGUCUUUGUUUUGCGUAUGAUUAUUAGUGGCUGAAUGUGUUUCUUGGUGAACGAUACUGAAAGAGUAGUAUGUAAUGAGAAUAGACAAUGAUACUGGAAAAAGGUUGUUAUAGGAUAUUUCACAGCAUGUAUACUGACGGUUGAUUUUAUAUUUAAUGAAAGAUUUAAAAUGGAAGUGGUCGUGUGGUGAGAAGUGAGUUCGAAACGGAAGUGCAUGUCCAGACGCUAUUCGUACUGGAUAAUAAUUUAAUGAUCUGUCAGUUUCAGUACAUUUAUCCUCUUCUCAGAAUUUCAAGACCAUGAAUUAUUUUAUUUAUUUAUUUUGUUUUUUAAAAGUAAAUAUGAGUGUCAAAUUAGUAUAGGUACUAUAUUUAUUUAUUUAUGCAGUAAUUAUUAUAACAUUUUUGUGACUCUGAGUCUCAGUGUAGUCGAUAUUUUAUUUCAAAACCAUACAGGGUAAUCCUCAUACAACUGUUGAAGGUAAAGAAGUUAUUUUAUGUACUGUUGUCAUCUGUCGUCUGAAGACAUUCACAUCGUCAAUUUCUGUGUAAUAAAUCCAUGGAGAUUUGAGGAACAGUGUUUGCAUUUUCACGGGCUAAAAACACCCUGUAUGAUAUAGAAAUUGUCUGCACUGUGAUUUUAUGUGAUUUAUCCCUCACGUAAAAUAAAGGAAGAAUAAUAUGCAAGAUGGGGUAAAAUUAAAUACACUGUCUAUUAAGGUUAAUACUGUGCAUGGAACUAAUGAUGUUCACAUGAUUGGUGCUCCGUAUUUAUUUUGCAAUAAAGAAGAGAAGAUCAUGAACACUCUACCACGAGUACAAUUGUGGGCGUGUACAUUCCUCUUAACCUUUGCAUUACCUGAAACAAGGAUCAAGAAGCUACUUCCCAAAAGUGUGCCCUGAACACUGGUACUUGAUACAUGGAAUGUUUAAUAUUACUUGCACAGACUUUGAAUUAUCCUACACUUCAGAAUAUAUGUUAGAGAAAUUUACGAAGAAUAAGAGGUAACCAAGCCAUCACUGCAGAUAAAUUCUUGUCAAGGAAUAAUUAAAUAAAAAUGAGAGAGCAUUAAAGAGAGAAAAAUCAAUUUGAUUCUGGAUCGUUCUCGAUAACCAACAUAAAAGUAUUUUCGAAAAUGAAGACUGGGGAAUAAUAUUCGAAUAAGGAUGCAUAAAACACUGCAGUAAUUCCGACCCACAGUUUUGUUGUAUAAUUUCGUAACACACUGGCACCACUUCAGUGGUGCAAGAUGAAACACCAUUCACAUUCCUUAGGAAAUAGCUUUGAACAGGGAUAUAUUUAUAAUUCUUACGACUGCAAGUGUCACUUGGUAGUGCUUCAGUAAAUGACAUAUUUUAUAAUAAUUUUUUAAUGUUUUGCCAGUAAAUUAACAACAUUACUGUCUUUUAUGAAAACUGUCUAAAAUUGAGGUGUUUGAAAUUCAGACACUCACUUUUCAAAUAAACUUUAGAGUAUAUAAUAAAUAAGUCAAGUACUUGCAAGCAAAAAGCAACUUUUUAACAAAUACUUCUAUUAUUUGUGUUAUAAAGCACGUGAUAUGAAAGGAUACAAAAUUUUAGAGUACAUUUUAAUUUAAUUUAGGCAUACAUAUUUUAUUAUUUACGUGAAAUUAUUCUGUGAAAAUUCAUUUGUUAUUUUUCAUUUCCUUGCUUGAAACAGUGGGUCAAGACAGAUAUAUAGCUAUUUACUUGUAACAAAAUUAUAUUUAUGAGUAAUUAAAGGAACCAAAUACAAUCAAACUCGGUUAUAACGAGAUUCUAGGGACCGAGGAAAAGUCUUCGUUAUAACCGUUACUCGUUAUGUCCGUUAUCGUGCCUGAAUGUUUCAUACCGAUACAGAAAAAUUUCAUUGGUUAGUUUGCCGGGUAGUUUCUCUUCCUCGGUCUUCUGAGAUUCCAUAACAUUAGAGAAGAGAGGAUUAAGAGAUGGGGAAAAUCAAAAAGCCCAAUGUCACGUGCUCCCGCAGCUUUUGACGUGGUCUGUUCAAACGAGGCAGCGGUGUAGGAGAAUCUUUCUGUCCUUCCCCAGCAUGGGAACCUUUUAGAUCACUAUACAUUGCCCUGAUACCUGAGAGCCCCCGUAGGCGCUAGACACCCGCCCGGCACGCAGUGUCUGCGGGGAUAUCCGCUACACCACUGGAACGAGAACUAUGUUCUUCGUGAGUAGAGUAUAGCACUAAAUGAGAUUCUGAGAACGGAAAUCGAACCAAACACAAUAUGAAUGUCGACUGUAAAUAUCGUUAAAAGGGUUAGAAAUUGCUAUCGGCAGGGAUGUGUAAAGAGAUAAGGAGAAGAAUGUCAUAAGGGGGCAAAGCAAUAAUAGAUCUUAUUCCCUCCUAGGGCAGUUCAGCCACAACUCGUUAUAAUGUCUUAAAGAUUUGCUCGUUAUACCCAUGAUGCUCUCAACUACCGUGAUCGCUUUAACCGUGAAAUGUUUCUCAUAAAAUACAUCGUUUCCAACCAAAUCUUUUCUUUUUGCUCUAAUAGCCUAUAAUUAGUUAUAACUGUGCUCGUUAUAAACGACUUCGACUGUAUUUAACUUUAAUACAUAUCAUUAAAUAAAUAAUUAUAUAUUUAAUGACUUUACAUAUUAAACAACUAAUAAAUGAGUGAGAAAUAAUUACGUGUAGAUUUCUGUUUGUAGUUUCAAAGUUAUAUAUCAUUACAACAACCUCGUUUCACAUACUUUACAUUUAAUAAAAAAUAAACUGCCAGUGACACUUGUAUUGGGUUGUUACACACCAAAAUAUUAAUCUACUUAAUAAUUUUGGAAAUAAGGGUUCAAAAGUACGAUACCAAACAAUAGACAUUUAUGAAGACAUGAUUGACAACAAUGUUUUUAGAUACUGAUUGCUAUAGGAGAACAUGGGACAUUUUUGUGAUUGCUAGUGACUGUGUUUGGAAAGCAAACUGGUGUAACUCAACUGAGUAGUGUUUGCGUGUAUUAACCUUUACUUUGAAAGAAACAAAACAAGCACAGUCCCCUUAAUAAUCCAUGUAAAUAAACCAUAAGUAUUUUAUAUGUGUGAAGAUAACACAGUAAAUCUUGCUGAUGACGUAUUUAAAGUAACAUUAAAGUAAUGGGAAUAAAAAUAUGUGAUUUGUCACUACGUGAAAUUUGAUAUUUGUUUCACUUGAUUAAUUUACAGUUAAAUCGAUUAUUUCCAAAUUAAUUACAUCCAAAUACUUAUGUAAUACGAACAUCGUAACAUAAGGUAUUAUUUACACAUAGUGGAACUUCGUUAAUUUUUUUUUGUUUCAAAUGUGCUCCAUAAAAAUUAUCAAUGCUUAAAUUUGCUUUAAAUUCCAUUAUAUGUGCAUUAAUGUUCCAAUAAGAAACCAAGCGAUGUCUGUACAUCCUCCUGUACACCAAUCGUCAACUGACAGACCUCUAGUCCCAUUUGAUGGUUUCAUUCACAAAUCUCAACAUAUAUAUUGAAAUAAUGAACAAGAUGUUAAUGAUUUUGGAACAGAAAAUUGCAUAAUUCUUUUCUAUUGUUAAAACACAAUGAGUGUGAAGAGAAAGUUUUACUCAAUAGAGACUUAUCCAUAUGUCUUAUUGUACAGAUUCUAUAAAAUAUAGUGUUGAUAUAUUUGGUAAUAAAAAUUAUUAAUCAAGUAU